AUGUCGCAGACGCAGCAGAUGGAGCAGGCAGAUUCGAUACACAGCCAGGACCCGCAUCGCGAGCAGGCCAAGAAGACAAAGAGCAGGAGACCCCCCAAUACUGCAUUCCGGCAGCAGCGAUUAAAGGCAUGGCAACCCAUCCUUACCCCGAAGACGGUCCUCCCCAUCUUCUUCGUCGUCGGCAUCAUAUUCGCGCCCAUCGGCGGGCUCUUAUUAUACGCGAGUUCUCAAGUGCAGGAGCUCUCGAUCGAUUACACUAACUGCAACACCAAAGCGCCGCAGACCGAGGCCAAUCGCGAUCUCGACAAUCCGGAUACUUUGGAGGACAUACCGGGGGACCGCGUUACUGCCUCGUUCAAAACGACAAUGAAAUCGCAGCCACAAUGGGGCCACGCCCGCGAAGAAUAUACCUGGCCGUCCGGGGUUAAGCAGGACACGGACGUGUGCGUUCUGAGCUUUGAGAUACCCAACGACGUCAGUCCGCCUGUCUUGUUCUACUAUCGCCUUACCAAUUUCUAUCAAAACCACCGCCGAUAUGUCAAGUCGCUAGAUGUCAACCAGCUGAAGGGAGACUUCGUGAGCAACUCAUCGAUCAAGUCCGGCGAAUGCGACCCCCUAGAUGUUUCACCCAAUGAGGCGCCAUUCAACGGCCGCGCGUACUAUCCGUGUGGCUUGAUUGCGAACUCCAUGUUCAACGAUACGUUUGAGAACCUGGAUGCAUCGAACCCGCAGGUGGAAGACGGCAGCUUCAAUACUACAUACGACUUCUCGGCCCAAGACAUCUCCUGGAGUUCCGAGAGCGACUUGUAUGGGAAGUCCAAGUACACGGUACACGAUGUCGUUCCUCCGCCAAAUUGGCGGGAACAAUACGUGAAUGGCACCUACGAUUCGUUGUCGGAACUACCCGACCUCAACACGUGGGGAGCGUUCCAGGUCUGGAUGAGGACUGCCGGACUGCCGACGUUCAGCAAAUUGGCGAUGAGGAAUGACAAGGAUGUCUUGAAGACAGGAACCUACCGGCUAAAGAUCUACGACCGAUUCCCUGCUGACCAAUACGGUGGCACCAAGUCCAUUCUGAUCUCGACCCGAACCGUGAUGGGUGGCAAGAACCCCUUCCUUGGGAUUGCGUAUGUGGUUGUGGGUGGUCUCUGUAUUUUGCUUGGUACCAUCUUCACUCUCACCCAUCUCGUCAAGCCAAGGAAACUCGGUGAUCACACCUACCUAUCCUGGAACAACGACCAACCAAGCACGGCAACCACAACAGGGCGUGCCUCUCGCCCAGGCGAUACCGCAUGA